GUAGAGAGAGAGAGAGAGCGUGGGGUUGAGCGAGAGAGAUAGGAAGAGAGAAUCCUCCAUAACGAAGGAAAACCAUGAGAGAGAAAACUAAGCCAUCAGAGAGAUGGGGUACCUUGUUUCUGUAAACUCGCUAUCUGAGGGCAAAAGGACCACGAGAAAGGAGUUUCACAGUUUAGAAAAUCCAUUUUCUAAAAAAACAGGGUCCCUCAAGAAGCUUUAUCUUCUUAACAAAGGGGUUUUAUUACUUUACAGGGAUGGUUUAGAGUUUUUGCUCAGCCUCCAUGGUGAACUUAAACCCUAAUCCUCCCCACUGUUUAUGCAAUGUUGAAGCUGCUCUCCAAGAAUUUGCAGCUGUAUAGUAAAAGAUUGGGGCCGGUUAUCUCCGAUACAAGGUUUUUUAUCAGUUUUUCAAUGCCUGAAGCUGAGGAAAAGGGUAGUCACUUUCUCUCUCUUGAAAACAGCAACACCCAGAAUACAGGUACUCACUUCCUCUCUCCUCAUCAUAUCAUGCAAGAAAUAGUGAGUAGUGCAGACGUUUCUCAGGCACUUGGGUUUUUCUUAUGGGCUUCAAAACAGGUGGAUUUGAGCAAAACACCAGAGAUUUAUGCAGCUAUAAUCCAUAUAUUAACCAGACGUAGAUUAUUCACAAAAGCUGAGACCUUUACAAAAGAAUUGAUUGUGAUCAUGCAAAAGAGUGGCCAUGAUUUUGUUCUGAAGGCUUUUGAUCUCCUUAACGGUUUUCGAGGGCCUAAAUUUAGCUUUGAAGUGUUUGAUGUCUUGAUAAUGGUCUUUACACAAAUGGGUCUCCUUGAUGAGGCCUACCAUGUAUUUUACAGAAUGAGAAAACUGAGAAAACUGCCUUGUCUCCAUGCCUGCAACUCUCUCUUAAAUGGGUUUCUUAAGACAGAGAAACUGGACAUCUUCUGGAGAUUGUUCGAUGAAAUGCUUCUUCGUGGGCUUGUUCCGAAUGUUUUCAUAUAUAACACUUUAAUCAAUGCUUGUUGUUAUCAAGGUGAUUUGCAAAGGGCUUUUCAGUAUUUGGAUGAGAUGGUGAGGAGAAAAGAGAAACCUACUGUUGUUACAUACACAAUUCUCAUUUGUGGGUUGUGGAGAGAGGAGAAGAUUAACCGAGCAAUUAACAUUUUUAGAAGUAUGGAGAGUUGGGGUGUGCUACCGAACCUUUACACGUACAAUGCCAUGGUUGAUGGCCACUGUAAAAUGGCUAAUGUGAAAGAAGGACUUGUUUUAUACAGUGAAAUGUUGGGAAAAUGCUUAAAACCAAAUGUCAUAACAUUUAGUACACUAAUUGAUGGCCUUUGCAAGGAAGGAAAAUUAAAGAAAGCAAGACAAUUUUUUGUGGAAAUGAUCAAAUAUGGAGUAUUUCCAAACACUUUUGUAUAUAAUUGUUUGAUUGAUGGUCAUUGUAAGGCCUCUAACAUAGAUGAGGCUUUCAACCUUUACAGGGAAAUGUUAAGAUUUGGCAGUGAUUUACCUGAUGUCUUCACUUAUAGCAUACUAAUAAAAGGGCUUUGUGACGUGGGAAGAGUUCCAGAGGGCACUGACUUGUUCAGGAAAAUGGAGUUUGAUGGGAUUGCUCCGAACUGUAUUACUUAUAACACUUUGAUUGAUGGGUAUUGUAAAAUAGGGGUUAUUGAUGAAGCUUUAAAGCUUUGCUCAGAUAUGAUGGAGAAGGGGAUAAUGCCCAAUGUUAUCACAUUUUCUUCAUUGAUAGAUGGGUAUUGCAAAGAAGGGAAAAUGGAAAUUGCUACUGGUUUAUAUUCCGAAAUGGUGGUUAAGGGUCUCGUGCCUGAUGUUGUGGCCUAUACAGCUCUAAUCAGUGGGCACUUCAAAUGUGAUAAUCUAAAAGAGGCCAUGCGACUAUACAAGGAAAUGGUUGAAAAGGGCCUCAAAGCUAAUGUUAUCACUCUAAGUUGCAUGGUUGAUGGAUUGUGCAAAGUUGGAAGAGUCCAUGAUGCUAUAACCAUUUUUAUGGAGAAAAUGGCAUCGGGGUCCAUUGAGAACAGUCAUAAGGAAGAGUGUCUAAUUGAUGAAAAGGCUGAAGUUUAUAAUUGUAAACCAAAUAUUAUUACUUACACCAAUUUAAUUUAUGGGUUUUGUAGAGAUCGGCAGAUUCUAGAGGCUAUUAAGAUUUAUAGGGAGAUGUGUGAUCUUGGCUUUAAGCCUGAUGUGUUCUUGUACACUGUUGUUAUAUGGGGACAAUGCAAAGAAGGGCACAUGUUUAAUGCAAUGAGUUUACAUGGGGAGAUGGUAAAAACAGGUGUCUUGCCUAAUGCAGUUACAUAUCAUGUAUUGGGUCGGGGUUAUCACCGAUGUGGUGAUUACUUAUCAUUUGACAGGUGCUCUCAAGUGUGCUGAUAACCAGAGUUUUUGUGUCAUAGUGUCGCAUAUUUCCCUGGAUCUAUUGUGAGGAGGAGAAAUUCUAUGUUUAAUGAAUGGCCAUUAAGAGGGAUAUCAAGAUCUCUUGUGAAAAUGAAUUGGGUCGAGGAUUAUCUAUGGAGUAGAGAUUCAAAUACCCUAGCAAGGAAAUCUCAAUUCUAAUUUUAUCCAGAAUACAAUAAUGUCUUUCUUGUGGAUCAUAAAUGGUAUAGUUCCAUUAUAUGUGGCUACGCCUUGUCAUCCACACAGCACUCUGAGGCUGAUGGUCAUUGUUGGGACCAUAAGGAUUUCAGGAAACAAAGAAGAGUUGUUCCUCUGAAAGUGGCAAUUGACGAUAGAUGAUACUAUCAUCAAUAAAUUCGAAGUAAGUAAACCAUGAAAGGAG